AUUUAGGGGAGAGGAGAGAAAUCCCCAGCUGAAAACCACAGCGACGGCUACUAUGGAGCACAUACACGGGGGUGAGACGCUUUAACGGACCCGGCGAAGAGGAGUCAGGUGACUUUCCCUCGGGGCUCCCCCCCACGGGCGCUCAAGGUGCUGGCGCCGCGGACGGGAACUCGUUGGGGUCAAUUCAAGUCAUGCAGGCGGUGAGAAACUCGGGGUCUCGGCUCCUGUGGUCGUGGGCUUGGCCGCCCACGAACAGGAUAGUGGCCCGGGUGCCGGCCGCCACCAUCCACACGGGCGCCCAGCAGCUGCAGGACGCGGCGGCCAAGCAGAAGGUGGAGAAGGCGGCCCCGGCUCCGGCGGCGACCCCGGCUCCGAGCAGCAGCAGUUCCAGAUGUCAGAUGAAGGCCACAGCGAAGGGCGUGACCCACAUCCGCGUGGUGGUGAAGGGCCUGGGGCCGGGGCGCUUGGUGAUCUGCAUCCAGGGCUUGACGAUGGGGGGCCUGGAAGUGAUCUCCAUCACAGACAACACCCCCAUCCCGCACAACGGCUGCCGCCCCAGGAAGGCUCGCAGGCUCUGAGGGAAGGAACCUGCCCCUGAACCUGACCGCAAGGCCCCCUGCAGGCCUCAGCAAGCGCCCGUCGGAGCUCCCCGCAGGGGCCGCUGGAGUGCUCAGCAGGAAGGGACGGCUCUGCCUCCUCGAGUGGGGCCCACUUCUGACCGGAGACCCGCGUGCCCAGAAGUGAGGCCAUCUUCUCUUGGACACGAGGGGGGCUGUGGCCCAGCCCCCAACCAGUCAAUGCUGCCUUGCCCAAAGCAAUAAAAGAUCUCUACCAUCUGCA